CCAAGAGUGAGAAGACAAAUAAAAAGGAAUACCCCCUCCUGGAAAUCCGGCCACAGGAGCUGUAGAAUGGCUCUUCUGUAACGGUCACGAAAAUCCCUCCAGCCGGUCAGCGUCUCCAGUUUACAUCAACAAGUGACGGUGGAUAGUUCACUCCAUUAUCCCACCAAAAAAGCAAGGAAAUCCCUCGUCCAAAUCGCAAAAACAAAUCCCCGCAAACAUACACUGAUAACCCAACGAAAAGUGGACAUUUGAUUCGAAGAUAUUUUCCCAUAACUUGCACGAGGAAACGAGAAACGAGAGAUAUCGUUGAUCCAGUGGAAUAAAUCAGCGUCAUCUGACAUUUCACCCGUUGGAAAUAGAUUUCCAUUAUCGAUUGUUAUGGGAGAGUGGUGAGAGGUGAAAAAAAAAGAAGAGAGUUCAGUGGAAGGAUCCAUUAUUUUGAUUUUUCUUUACGUAGUGCAACGAGAGGCAAAGGACGCGCAGGGCAGAGAGAGAUCGAGUCAAUAAUUUGGUGAGAUAGUGUCUUCAAACUCAGAGUAGACUCUCCCCAAUUUUCCUGGUGAAAUCCCCUCUUCUUAUUUGGCCCGACCUUGUUUAAUGUCACAUACACUCCAACAGUGAUAACGAUAAGGCAGUGAGAAAUAGGAAUAAAAUUGAAAAAUAUAUGAGCCAGAGGUGAACGGCAACACAAUGUGUCUCGUGAGAUCGAUUUGGACUCCCAGUGCUCUGGGAAUAUUCCACAUCCCGGAAGGAAUAAUCCCGGCGUGAAAAGUUGAGAAUAAAACCUGUGAUUGAAUGAGUUAUUUAGAUAAUUAAUAAUGACGGAUUUAUUGAUUGGAAUGGCCGGAAGUGGCUUUCACAGUGGCAAUGGCUCAGCUCCGAGCAAUGGUGAAGUGGUAUUUAGAACGAGAAAUCCGGGAAUUUACAGGAAUUCUGAGAUGAGGCAUUCUAGGAGUGAGGAUGUUCUCGGAGGUGGGGGUCCUGGCGCACCCACCAGGACACCCAGUCCUCUGCUCCAUGAACAGGUGUGCGCAUCAGAGGAUGAUCUCGUUGCCUCCAGUGCCCUCAGGGAUUCCUCAUCCAAUUCAAGUCUUCUGCAGGGAAAUUUCUGCUCCUACACCAGGAGAAACAAUGCGUCACCACCUCCCAGUUUUGCUACUGAUAGAAUUGACCCCGAGGACUCCAUUCGUGAUAUUGUCAGUGAAAACGAUCUCUACAGGUAAUUCUGCAUUUUUAUCGAAUUUUCAGUCUUCUCGGUGGAACGAGAGCUGACGAGGAAGUGGUGCCGUGAGAAAAGCCACUCCCAGGCUGAGAGAGAUCGACUGGAGGAAAGCAGGAGGGCCCUGGAGAAACGUCUGGAGGGUCGGGAGACAGAGUUACGUGACAAGGAGGAGGAACUAUUUUUGCAUCUAGAACGGAGUCUACGUCUCGACGACGAGAUUGAGCGUCUCAAGGCAGAGCGUGACGCCUGUAUAGCAGCACGUGAGCAACUCGAGAGAGAGCAGACAUCGGCUCUUCGUCAAUUACAGUUGCAAGCAACUCAGAAUGAAAUAACCAGGAGGAACCUCGAGAGAGCGAGACAGGAUGUCGUCAGGCAGGCGACCGUCAUUCGUGCUGAACGUGAUGCACUGGAACGCGAGAACGUCGUUCUGAAGGAAAAACUGAGAGUUGAGCAAGUCGAGUUGGGGGCGGAGAGGAGGAGGAGGGAGGAGGGAAUAGCAGUAUUAACGCAUGAAGCAGCUACUCUCAGGCAUGCAGCACGUCAUCUUCGUGCAGCUGCAGUUCAUGCUACGUCCUGUCGUCGGCGCAGGAGAUGCUCGGUCUGUUUGUACGCCAAACGAACAUUCGCCGAAGCCGACGAUUACCACGAUGAUGGGAAAUUAUUCAAGUGUCUGCAAGCACCUCUGCAGGAUCUGCGGACGUGGUUACGACCGGGUCCCCUGCCCUCUGCUUCCUCCUCCAGUGGAUUGCGCACUAGCUCACCAAUGGACCGUGGAAUAAGUUACAUCGAUGACUCGUCCAACAGCUCUGAGGAUGAGGAAUUCGCUGAUACACCGAUGGCUGAGGUCUCACUGUCCAGUACAAACUCUGGUGCACCACCUGCGUCACGUGCUUUCUCCUCGGAUUCUGGGUAUGUGCCUGAUCCAAUGACAUCGAUUGCCCCUACACCGAUUACACCAACGAGCUCGCCAAUAGAGCCUGAUUUUUCUUCGUGUAGUUUUUCAUCAGAGGUUGGCGAUCGGAGGUCACGUUCCUAUGAGCCUGGUGGCAGCAGUCGUAAGAUCAGUGAGUCGUGCAGUGAGGCUGAGGCACAGAGAGUCACUCUUACGAGAUCUAAGUGGACGUCAUCCUUUCGCAGGCUCCUUGGCAAGAAGUCUAAGGCCAAACAUCUGGAGAAUAAGGCAUAAAUUUUCUUUUUUCACACUGAGAAAAAAAUUAAUUAGGCAACGGAGCGGAAUAAAUGAUUACAAUUUUGUGGACAAUCGAUUGCCCUAAAAAUCUAUUGAUUGUAGGCGAAAGUUUCAAAGAAAAAUUUUUCGUCGGGCACUUAAUCAGCUACACCUUACAGUCAAUAGUUGUUUAGAUAAAUCGAUAACUAACGAAGGGGGUAAUUCUGCUUAUCUCCGUUUGCCACGCCUCUUAUUGAAUUCUCAAAUAUUCUCAUUGAAUAUUAGGAAAAAAUUAUUUUUCUUCAGUGCAAAAUUGAAUUUUUCAGCACUGCAAUAAUUUUGCAAAGUUUUUGGCAAAAUGGACGGAUCUUUCAAUUGUUUUUAUAAUUCGAUGAAUUCAUCAUUAAAUGACCUAAUUAUUUGAAUAUGAAAAGAAUUCUUUAUCGGUAAACUCAUAUUUUGUUUAGGUGUCCACUUUGCCUCGGUUAAUUUUUUUUCGUAUGAUUAAAGGCGGAGAAUUGGGAGAAGAUUUUUCUUUAAUUACAAAUUCAUCCAGGAAAACGGAAAACUUUUUGGUAUUCCCUGGGAGAAUGAAUUAUAUUCGAUAAAAAAGCAGAAUCAACAGGACUGUCUAAUUAAACAAAGAAACCACAGCGUCGACAAUUUGUGGUUACUUUUAAUAACCCGAGUAAAAUUUCUUUCCGAGAAUUAAUUUCAGUUCUCCCAUUUCUUGCAAUUUUUGGCGUUCACUCUUUUGUCACCGAGAUGACUAAUUUUUUUUGCUUUCAGUUUGAUUUUUAAUUUUUUGAAUUUUCAUUUCUAUUUUAUUUCACUUACGAGCUCAUGAGAAAUCUAAUUAAUUUAUGAGGGUUUUAAGCGACCCGUAAGAACCAAAUUAAUUAAUACUGCCAGUUUACCGAGGAUGCAUUUGAAUCCUGUUUUACGCGCAAAUAGGAUAUUAGCUAGGGGACGUAUGUAGCCUUAAUUAUCUUGCCGAAUGUACUUGCACACAGGGGUACUGGCCCCUUCCCGAGUAACUCCAAGGUUCAAGACUGGUUUAAUAGUUAGUUAUUAAAACGUGUUCCAUGUACUUAGGAAUUUCAACGGAAUUCAUGGAGUUGAGAGAAUUCAUUCAGGUCAGUAGAUUGUGCUAAUUGAUAAUACUCGAGAUGUUACGGAUUAUUUCCCAAGAUGGGAUUGAUUUUUAAGAAGGAAUUGACAAGGUUCUUCUCUUAGUUUAUUCAUUCCAUAUUUUAUCAGGGGUUUACGAUACGUUGAGACAUUUAAAUAUUAAACUAGUUAAAUCAAAUUAUUCAGAUAUGUUGAUAUUGUGUUUGUUGAUGGACCAUGAGACUUGAUAUUUAUGUACAUAUGCGUAAUAUAUGUACGUUCAAUCGACUGUGAAGAGAUGGGUUCAUUCAAUAUUUUAAAAAACAGGGUGCCAAAAACGGAAUUAAUAAAUUAGCACAAAUCAGGCACAAUUACGUUGUAAAAUAGAUAGUAACUACUGCAAUACUCUGAGGUAAUUUAUCCGUCGAUAGAUAAUAAUGAAUUGUGGAAUUAAUUGUAACUUACGGUUCCUCGAUACAAAAUGCUCAGUCAAUAAACAUCUCUGCCAUCCUCGACGCUACGAGGAUGUUCCCAGAGGAUUUACAUAUUGGCAAUUUAUUUUCAAGUGAAAAAUCGAUCAAUUACGUACGUGUUAUUCGGUAUACAACAAAAUGAAUAUUGACGAUGUUACUGUUAAUCGGUUAAUUAUGUAUUCAUAAGCUAAUUGACAGAUUGUGGUGUUGCGUAUGAUGAAUAUUAUUGUAAAUUAUGCAGAAACGAAGGGUACUUUACAACAUUCCAUGAGAAAUUAUAUCACAAAUAAAUCAGUAAUUCUAUCUAAA